CGGCCAAUCCGCCUCUGCGGGUUACCGUCCCCUCUGGGAGGAGGCGGAGGAGGGCGUGGCUGGUCCCGAGCAGCGCGCAUGCGCGGACCGCGGGGGUGACAGUAAGCGCGCAGGUUCCGAAUCAGACGGCCCGAGUUCGAGUCUCGGCGGGACCUCUCCGCUUAACUGGGCAUUAUGGGAACACAAAUACUUUGGUUACAUAAUAUGAGUAUUCUGAUGCAUGUCUAUGGAUGUCAUAUAAUGGAUAAAUGUGGUUCUUGUUAUAAUUGAGAGCUGGACUUUAGCAAUCCACUUCUAAGAUGAAGUGAGUCUGCGUGUGAUAUGUCUGGAUUGGAAACUAAACUGAGACAGACGGUCAUUUCGAGGAAAUACCAUUAAAAGGACUUGUGGCCCGUUUGAGUCCCUGCGUUUUCAGAAUGACAUCAAGUGUAAGGCUCUGUUCUUCCUGAGCAGGGUGAUGCGGGGCCUGUCCAUCUGCACCACCUGCCUCCUGAGCAUGCUCCAGGCCGUCACCAUCAGCCCCAGCUCCUCCUGGUUGGGCCGGUUCAAACAGAAAUCCAGACACUACGUCAUCCAUUCCUUACUCUUUCUAUGGAUUCUCAAUUUGUCCUUGUGUAGUAACCUGCUCUUCAUGACCAUAGCUGCUUCUAAUGUGACCCAGACCCAAGUGCUGAGUUUUGGUAAAUACUGCUCACUUUCCUCUGCAAGCUACCUCAGGUGGAUCCUGUUUUUCAUGCUGACACAAGUGAGAGACAUCUCCUUUGUAGGCGGCAUGCUGCUCUCGAGUGUGUACAUGGUGACUCUCUUGUUCAGGCAUCAGAGGCAAUCCCAGCACCUGCACAACAUGUCCCUCUCCCCGAGCAUCUCCCCGGAGAAAAGGGCCACCCAGAUCAUCCUGCUCCUGGUGAGUUUCUUUGUGGUCAUGUACUGGAUGGACCUCAUCAUCUCUUUCUGCUCCAUAGUGUUGCUGGCAUACGGCCCCGCCGUGCUGGCUGUCCAGACUCUUGUGGUCAAUGUCUAUGCCACAGUGAGUCCUUUAGUGAUAAUCGUUUUUGAUAAAACUAUAAUCAGUACUCUGCAAAAUAUGCAACAGGAAGGUUAUAGGUUUUUAACAAAAUAAUAAAAAUAAGUCUCUGAAAAAUGGGUGUUUCUGCCAUCAGGCAAACUAUUCAAGUAACAGAGAAUUUGUUAUUUGAUUUACUUAAAACAUGUAAAAUUGCACUUUUGUUACAGCUAAGUAUUUUGAAACAGAUGCUGGAAAAGACUUUGUGGUUCC